AUGUCAUCGGUGUCGGAGUCUCCCAUUGCAUCAUCCAACGAAGGGGGACCAGCUCAGGGCUCGAAGGACCCUGCCGGUUCCUUGUCACCAGGAGAAUUUCGUCUGUUCUAUUUAGAGCCAGCUUCCGAACAUGUCACAGGAAGAUUGCGCGUCUUCAAACUCGAUGGGGCGCCGGACUUCAGAGCUUUGUCAUACACAUGUGGCGACCCCUAUCGAAAAGGGCACUUCCAAAUGGAUCGUCUGGUUGUAGAGCCUGACGAGUCAUGUGACCAGGAGCCUUCGUGCACCGUUAUUUGUAACGACGAGCCGAUCAAAGUCAUACCCAAUCUUUUCAACGCACUGCACAACUUUACAACGCUGAACAUCUGUGGAUGGCUGUGGAUUGAUGCGAUCUGUAUCAGACAAAAUGACAUGGAGGAACGAGCCGCUCAGAUCAAGAUCAUGGGAACAAUCUAUUCUCGUGCUGCAGAGGUACUGAUCUGGCUGGGACACGAAACUUCACUGUCGUCAGACUUUGUCUACACCAUGAAAAACAUCGCACCCAUCGUUUCUGAGGCGCGUGCUGAGGGUACCUUGGCGUCACUUGCUCGGGAAGGUUCUUUAUCUGAACAUCUUUGCAAAGGUAUACUAGGAGUUACAGACUUUGCUCGGUAUCUGAUGGAAUGGUCCCUUUUCACUUACACUUGUCGAUGGUUUCAUCGAUUGUGGACCACUCAAGAGCUGGUUCUCACUGAGAAGCCACGAUUCUUCUGCGACCAGAUUGAACUGGAUUGGGGGAAAUUGGCGAGUUUCGCUUUCAUCGUAUCCGAAAUGGUUUGGACGACCAUGGUGUGGACCCAGUUGCACAAGGUAACGGACGUACCUUUUGAGGAAUUGGAUAGUGUUCCGGUCCUGGGGAUAUUAAGUUAUGCCGACCCCUCAGCCACCCUUUCUCGUCUCAUUCCCGCCUCGAGCCAACAGGAGAUGGAGAGCUUAAAUCAACGUCGUCGCCAUUUCAUCCACUUGCACAACAUCCUAGCUAUGCAGACGGGGAAAUCAUGCAGAGACCCCAGAGAUCGAGUUUUUGCUCUGCUGGGAAUCGCAGAAAAACAAGCCGAGAUCGAUUUCGCAACUUUGAUCCAGCCAGAUUACUCUAAAAGCUGCGAGCAGAUCUAUAUCGAGCUGGCAUCUCUAAUUCUUCGAGAAUCUCGAUGUCUCGACUUACUUGGUUGGGCCUGCCUUUCGGGCGAUCUUUCCCUCCCUUCUUGGACCGCGGAUUAUCGCCGCUCGCCAAGGGAGUUCACUCCUAUACAUUGCUACUUCGAUGCAGACAAGGGCCCUUUUGACUCGGCUGGAGAAACCUUUCACAAUGAUCAGGUGUACAUUGAUGGCAGGAUACUCCGUUGUCUGGGAGCGAACUUCGAUAUCAUCCAAGAGACAUAUCCUCUUCAUAGCGCUCCCACAGUGACGGCCUCCUCGGUAUCGUUGCUAUCUUUCCUAAAAUCACACACGACUGAUAUAAAUGGAUAUCGACCUUUGGAAAUGCUUUUCAACACCUUGACCUUCAACGACAGUGCUGUUACGUCGUUCGGAGUGACAGAUCAGCGAAUUCGGAGGCCUCUAAGGGAAAGAAGCUUCGUGGCCUUUCUGGCAAGUUUCUUAGUGGUGCAUUCCUCUUCGGCCCAUUUGUCUCCUUUAGAGUGGGAGGCUCGAGCCGACGAGUGGAUCGAAACAAUGGCCAUACACAGCGUUCCCACGGACUCGGAAUUUUACUUUGACUUCUCGAUAAUCAGGGAUGUGUAUCAAGAAUUCACGCAAAGUGCCUUUCAUCCUUCAGCUACCUGUAAAAACGUCGGAUCAGUGGCUGAGGAUUUCUUUCAGGUGUACCGGAAAACCGGGUCUGCGUAUGACUUGUUUUAUACGAAGAGCGGCCUGGUUGGGAUGGGACGCGGUAUUCGCGAAGGAGACCAAGUGUUCAUCCUCGCCGAUGCACAUACUCCUUACAUACUCCGUCCCACCGAGAAUGCGGGCCAAUACAGAGUCGUGACGGAUUGCUUUAUCUUGGACCACAUACACGGCGAAGUUUGGGACAAGUACGAUCCAAAAAAGGAGCCGAUCGCUCUCGUGUGA